AUGGGUAUAGAUUUGCCUCUGUACCCAGAAGUUGACAAGCGUGAUGUGAUUUACUAUGGCUCAUUCCAUGCUGUUGCCAGUGGGAUAAUAACAGUUUGUUCUGGGGGAAAUUCAAGGUCGGCUGCUGGAACAGUGGAGGAUGUGGCACCUUGGGUCAUUUCUGUUGCAGCUAGUACUAUGGAUAAAUCGUUUCCCACGAUCAUCAUGCUAGGAAACAAUAAAAAAUUCACGAUAACUUUGAAUGAGACUUGGGUAUCUGGACGAGUGGUGCUCUGGUUCACUUUAGAAGCAGGUGAGGAAAACAUAAAGGAAGCUCAGACUAAUGUCCGGAACUCAGAUACUAAAUUACAUUUGCUGCACGAGGUAUAUUAUCAAAUUUUACUUCUUUAA